GCAGCUUCAAGGGCGCUUUGAUACCAAAGACUCCAUAUCCACUCCUUCCUGUGUGAAAAGUGAAUGUGAUCAGGAGGACCCAUGUCAAGAAGCCGUACUAGCGGAAUACCCAACUCUCAGUCCACUGAAAACAUCUAAACUACAGUUGUUUCGUGUGUUUUUAAAUGAAUGUUUAACGGCAUCUGCUGCUGUGGAGAUUUUUGGUGCGGUUGAGGAAACUGUAGCAGAGUACCAGGAAGAGAAUGAUCUGCUACGGAGAAUGCUGCGGAUCACACCAGAGAUACAACUAUGUAGAAUAGACUCCCUGCAGCUCUCUCUCUCUGAAGAGGAAGUUCCCCCUGAGCAGCAGCACUGUGAGCAGGAGUGGAGCCCCAGUCUGGGACAGGAGGACCCAGAGACCAAACAGAUUAAAGAGGAAGAGGAGGAACUCAGGACCAGUCAGGAGGAAGAGCAGCUUCAAGGGCUGGAGCCUGAUAUCAUAGAGUUCAAAUUCACUCCUUCCUGUGUGAAAAGUGAAUGUGAUCUGGAGGACCCACUUCAGUCCUUGACUCUUCCCCAAACCAAGACUGUGGAGAACAGAGAGAGUGACUCUAAACAAGUGGAUCUCAAACCUUUUGGCACUGUGACCCACAUUAAGGGUCUCAACAUUCCCUGUGACCCUCCAGAUUAUCAAAACAAUGCCUCCAGCUCAGCCGUAAGCAGCGACCCAGUAGGACUUGACAGCAUCCCACCAUUGGAUCCCAGUCCACCAUUGGAUCCCAGCUCACCAUUGAAUCCCAGCCCACCAUUGGAUCCCAGCCCACAAUUGAGGAAACACCAUUCCAAACCCAGCACCACAUCUAAAACAACUCACAUCUGCCGUGACUGUGGGAAAAGCUUCAGUAUCAAGAAGGACCUAACCAGGCAUAAACUGACUCACACCGGAGAGAAACCAUUUAGCUGUGGUGAUUGUGGGAAAAGCUUCAGUAUCAAGAAGGACCUAACCAGGCAUAAACUGACUCACACCGGAGAGAAACCAUUUAGCUGUGGUGAUUGUGGGAAAAGCUUCAAUCAGAAGGGAGACCUAGGGAGGCACAUACUGACUCACACAGGAGAGAAACCUUUUAGUUGUGGUGACUGUGGUAAAAAAUUCAAUUGCCACUGGCUCCUAACCAGACAUAAACUGACUCACACAGGAGAGAAACCAUUUAGUUGUGGUGACUGUGGGAAAAGCUUCAAUCAGAAGUGUCACCUGAACUUGCACAUACUGACUCACACAGGAAUAAAACCAUUUAGCUGUGGUGACUGUGGGAAAAGCUUCAAUCAGAAGGGUCACCUGAACUUUCAUAUACGGACUCACACAGGAGUGAAACCAUUUAGCUGUGAGGUCUGCGAUAAAAGCUUCAGAUACAAGGGCACCCUAGCCGAACAUAUACAGAUUCACAAAGGAGAGAAACAACAUGGCUGCUCAAUCUGUGGUAAAAGUUUCACUCAUAAAACAAAUCUUCUGAGGCAUGUGGAUAAAGUCCACAAAGGAAGAAAACAGGAAAAAAAACUGAAAGAUGAAAGAAAAUGAGGACAAAGAUGUUCUGUCAGAAGAUGGGAAUAACAGGCAGGAUGUGGACAACACUCGUAGGAAAGCAAACGCAACUCUGGAUCAUUCAUGCUUUGGGGUUUAAAUGAAUAGGUGUGUGAUCAAAUGGUGCAUAGUGUUGUAGUAAGGUCACAGGUCUGCUGAUCAAAGUCUGUUGAUGUUUUCACGUAAUUACAAAAAGGAAUU